CCAGCUUCAGAGAAAGUUUGAAGAGAGAAAGUCUCUGUAGAAGACUACAGCGGAACGAGGACCCCGGAAGUAGGGCUGGACCUCGGCUUCUUAUAAACAUGGCCGUUUAGCCCUGCACAGCAUCAGGAGCUGAGUGUGGCUGAAGUAGUUACGUCCAGGAAGUAACUGAGGGUAACUUAUACCGUAACAGGUGGAGAGAGACGUGGACGCGUGACGGAGGCCUCUAAGCCCUUUGUAAUCGGUGUUAUCUCCGCGUGGGGACGGCUUUCUAAACUUCACAUACUUCUUAUUGCUGAAUAAGGAAUCGGCUACUUGGCUGCUAAUCGUAAUGGAGGAGUGCCGUCGCUGGCCCAGGCUGUCUCGAUGAAUAUUUUACACACGGACGUGUCGGGUUUACUCUGCUAAGGGCUGACCGUGACUUUAGUCAAGACUCCCACCGGGUUGUUGUUGUUGUUGUUUUUCCACCGGCAGUAGUUAACAGCCCGUUUAGGGUCGUCGCUGAGAGAGCGGACAUCAACAAUGUUUUCUGUCAAACCCACGAAACCAACUUUCAAGUGUUAUCUUCCUCCUGUGCAGACUGAUGUGAAGAAAACUAUUGAACCACCUAUUAAAAAGUUGGAACCCAAAUUACUUCAAGGGGAGAUAGUUGUUAAUGAGGUGAACUUUGUGAGGAAAUGCAUCAGCGCGGAGAGCAGCCAGGAUGACCUUUGGGGGAAGUUGAUCUGCACCAACUUUAAGGUCUCCUUCAUCCCUUCAGAUGCCCCUUCUAAACAGAAGUCCCAUUUGUCCCACCUCCUGCUUGGAGAACAUGACAUCCCUCUCACCUGUCUGGAGCAAGUAGUUACAGUAAAUGAUACAAAGGGGAAGAAGAAAGUAUUGGGGUCAAACCAGAAGCUGAAAUUCAAUCCCACAGAGCUCAUCCUCUAUUGCAGAGACUUGCGCAUCAUAAGGUUCUGCUUUCAUGAGGCUGGGCCUGAGAGUGCCAAGAAGGUUUGCCUUGCUAUUGCGCACUAUUCCCAUCCAGCUGAUCUUCCACUGCUGUUUGGCUUUGAGUAUCAAGGGCGGCGAUACCAUGAAUCUAAAGGGCAGCGAGCAAAUGGAUCCACCCCUCGCGGAGGAUUACAGACUCCCAUUUUUGACCGUCCAUCAGACUGGGAUCGGGAGAUCAAGAGAACAGGGGCAUCGGAGUGGAGAGUUUGCUCCAUCAAUGAGAGUUAUGCCAUCUCACAAAGUCUUCCAGAGCACAUUGUGGUCCCGGUUUCUCUGGCAGAUCAGGAUCUGAAGCACUAUUCCAUAUACUUCAUGAAUCAGCGCAUCCCUCUCUGGUGCUGGAAUCACCCAAAUGGAAGUGCUCUUGUCCGCAUGGCCAGCAUAAGUGAUCCAUUGCAGCAGAGGAAGAUUGAUCAGAAGGUUUUCCCCGCCAUCACAAAAAGCCACCCGCAGCGCAGUGAAGUCAUCAGGUCAGAUCUAGACAAGUACCUGCCUAACAUCCAGGACAUCCAGAGUGCUUUUAUUAAAGUCAGGCAGAUCUGCGUCAUGGAUCCUUUCGAGGAGUCGGAGGAGAGGUGGCUCUCAUUAAUUGAAAACACACGAUGGCUGGAGUACGUCAGGGCUUUCCUGAAACACUCAGCUGAGAUGGUUUACCUUUUGGAUGGAAAGAACAGUUCAGUCAUUAUUCAAGAAGAGGAAGACAGAGACCUGAACUGUGUGGUGUCAUCCUUGGUGCAGCUCAUGUUGGACCCUCAUUAUCGCAGCCUCAUUGGCUUUCAGAGCUUGGUGCAGAAGGAGUGGGUGAUGGCUGGCCAUCGCUUCUUGGACAGAUGCAACCACUUAAAGAAGAAUGACAAAGAGGAGUCACCACUGUUCAUGCUGUUCCUGGACUGCGUGUGGCAGAUGAUGAACCAGUACCCAGCAGCAUUCGAGUUCACAGAGGCCUAUCUGACAGUACUGAGUGAUAGCAUGUGGAUCCCACUCUUCAGUACUUUCCUUUUCAAUUCUCCCAAACAGCGAGCUCAGCACUUGAUGGACUUUGCCAGGAAUAAAGCAAUCCCUCAAGGAGAAGACCAGGUUGUGUAUUUCCCUCCUGUCUGGGACUGGUCACAGCAGUUCUCCACCAAAGACCUGACCCUUUUUAACAACCCCAUGUACAUCGGCAAGGGAGCGGCCUGCGUUCAGAAUGGGGAAGUGAAAACCUUCAGACGCACAAAGAAAACCUACAGUUCCACAUUGCGUGGAAUGCCAGCAUCUCUGCGCAAUGGACUGAAGGUUGGAGAAGAAACAUUGACCCGACGGGGCUCUCUGAUGUCGGAGCUGAGGCCUGAUUUCUCAGUGGUGAAAGACGAAAGCCCGUCAGAGCGCUUCUUCAGAGACUGGUUCUCCCGACCUGCCGACCAGCAGGGCCUCCUGAUUCCCCUGCUCCUGCCCUCACACCUGGCUCUCUGGAAGCUCUACUUUCUACGCUGGGUUCCCGAAGCCUGCAUUCCCAAAGGAGGCCCCAUCACCGCCUACCACAAGCUCUCCCAACUGGUCGAUGAAAUUGAGAUUCUACAGGGCCAGCUCAGGCAGUAUAAGGGACCCACUCCAGGCAGCACGCCACUCCCCAGCCCAAGUGGGCCCCUCUCCAACCAAAGGAGGAUGUAUUUUAAAGCCAGCUCCCCACAUGACCCCCCUUCACCUCCAGACUUCCUUACUUCCUCCUUUCCUUUCAGCCCAACGGGAAACCUGUGUCGCCGCAGUAGCCAUGGGACCCCCAUUAGCAAAUUUCUGAACGGGGCGAAGAUCUGGCUCUCUACAGAGACUCUUGCUAAUGACCCUCUCUGAAGACGUGGGGCUUUAAGGCUCACUUUGAGCCAGUACAGGUUUGUGUAACAGCUAAUCAUCUUAUUUUCUAUUACCUCUUUCUUAAAUACCAAGAAGGAAAAUGAGAAAUAGAAAAAAAUAAUUGGACUUCUGAUUUUUAAUGAUUUAUAAGCUAGAAUUUGCACCGUUGAUGCUGCAUUGAAAUCUGAGGUAAUUUCUAAACUGAAGUGUCCUCUUUAGGAUUUAAUAGCCGUUGUCCGUUACAGUUGAGGAAUCCAGAUUAACCAAAGCACAUCCUUCUUAUUGGCCAAUGAGUUGUUACUGUGAGGUAUCUUCCUACUAUGAGAAAUCAUCUUACUUAUUGCUUUUUUAUAAUAGAUGUAUUUUCUUGACUCCUUCAGCUUCGGUCUUUCUCAAGAUUUAGCUAAGAAACUGCUCUUUUUUUAACGAGUGUACUGUAUAACCCACACAAAGAGGGCUUUUGGAGAUUUAAAUAUUGAGUUGAGAGCUUCAAUGCACAUUUUACAGCAAUAAUUGAUAUGUAACUAUAUAAGUAUGUGUGUAGCAAUGCCAUCAGUUUAGUUGUGCUUUUGUUGAACCCUCAUUGGUCAGUAAGACUUCCCCACUGUAAUGGAGUUGAAAAAGGUAAUCCAAAUAGUAAUGCCUGAAAUUAGAAAAUGCCUGUUUUACUGCAGCAGCAAUGAUGCAUUUCACUGAACACCUAUUUCCAAGUACUCAAAUUUGUUUGUAGCUUCCAGGAAAAGUAAAUAACAAUGUAAUAUUUUACAUAUUUUUUUUUUUUUUUUUAGAAAGAGGAACAGAAAAUAACACUGCUAAAUGGUAUAUUACUCUGUGGUAAAAACGAAGAUGAUCUGGCCUAGUUGAAUGUAUGGGGCGUUGUUUGAUUUACUUUUUUUUUGCACAAACCUAAUGCUAUUUGCUCCGAGUGCCCAUAUUUUAAAGGUUGUGUUGAGGUUUCACUGUAAGUAGCAAAUAGUGUAAUUUCAGGGUCUUACUUUGUAGAUUUACUCUAUUUUUGAAGCAGAGAAAAGGGCCUAUAUUUUAGGAUCAUAAAGCAGGCAAUACUUGGAAGGCAAAGUGGAGCUGUGAGGACUUCAAUCUGUGGUAGAUAUUUCCACUUCUCUUUUUGAAGGGGUUUUAUUAAACUUUUAUAGUGGCCUUCUGGUAAGGCACUGAGGAGAAACUGUUAAUUAUAACAGUAGCUGAAAAGGUAAAUAUAUGAAAGCAAAGGGACAGACAAGGGCUUUGACUCAAACAAGUGUGUAGUUAGUAGUAGUGAAUUUCAGGCACUGAAGUAACUGAGUGAACAAGUGACAAAGUUUCAAGGCAGCACAGGAGAAAAUAUCAGUAAUAAAUCAUCUGGAUAACAAGUGUCAUAAAUACAACAGUAACAAUAAUUAUGUUGGUCUAAUCUUGUUUGUUCCAGAAAAGACAAAGCGGAAUAAUAUACAAGAAACAAUCAGUGAAGUAACUAUACUUUCAGUCAGGACAGUGAUGGUUAGGUUUUUAUUUUAACAUGUUUUUGUGGUGCAGUCAGAGAGCUAAACUUCCAGUGGGCUGCAGAGGCUUUGUCAUUUGUAGACUUUUUUAGAAGAGUGCUUCUGGAAAGUCUGCUACUUCCUAAACUAGAGAGUGGUUUGAGACGCAUCAGGGGAAAUUGAUCGGUAAUUUUCUUACUUUUAACAAUUGGUGAGCAACUAGCACUGUGUAAUAGCCUCACCUCAAAUAACAGUACAGCAUUUAAUAUCAAAGCUCUUAGUAAUUUAAAAUAUAAGACCAUUGGAAAAACUCAACAUCUGAUUGACCAGCUUCCAUCCAAUGAUAUUCAGAUAAACUUGUGAUUCUUUGGCAAUAACUAGUUCAGGUGUUUUUUGAUAGAGAUGUAUGUAGUGUGAGUGGAGAACCUGCUCUCCCAAAUGCUUUUAAUUGCACAUUUAACUCACUAUAUAGGAUAGUUUGUUUUAAGGUGGUUUUUGAAUUUUUUGCAAAUAUUCUAAAUACUGUAUAUGCUUGAAAAUUUCCAAUUCAUAUUUUUAAUAAUGGUACUAAAUAACCUUUAUCCUUUAGUCUUUAUAUGUUCUGGAGAUAUAUUUAUAUGCUGUGUCUUUCCACUAAUUCACAAUGUUGCACUCUGCUGUAAUUGCAUGAUGACGUGCUUCCACUGUGGCACAGUUUGAUAUUGAUGAGCAGCAGAUGUAUUUAUUCAGUUAUGCAAAUGUUCUCUAAGAGGGAUGCAAGUGCUACUGUACAUCCCCUGUGCCUUUUUGGGAAGAUUGACCAUUUUUGUAGCUAUAUUCUAAAUCUGUUGACUUUUGUUAGUUUUCAAAACGGUUGCUUUAUCUAUUAUGUAAAUCUAGUUAAAUUCAGUGGUAAUGCACUGAAGCUGUUUUUCCUAACUGAAAGUAAGGAUCAAAUGUGUAUCCCUAACCAAUCAUUACAUUAUUUUUCAAAUGAA